AUAAAGCAUCACUAUAGUUUAAUACAUCGCCGAACAGAGAAGCCACCUUGAACGUCGAGACUGAAUAACAGUAACUAUGAGCAAGUGGAGUUAUCUUCACUCACCUCCAACUCUACCGAACAGUUACAGCAGUUUAAAUGACGCUAUAAAGAGAAAUGCAGAAACCUCUCCAAAUACAGAGGCGUUCAUCUAUCGUAGUCUAGAUGGAGCUCGCCAGAGUAUCACCUUUAGUGACCUCUAUGAAAAAUCGAGAUGUGUGGCCAAGUACCUCAUCACCUCCGGUGUAUCGCGGCAGGACAAAGUUGGCGUUUUUGGUCCUAACACAAUUGCAAGAAUCGUAGCGGAGUUUGGCAUCUUAUUGGCAGGAGGGGUUGUCCUUCAACUCAAUAUCGACGUCAAAAAUGCCAGCGACGCCGCCGAUAUUUUAGACAAGGGUAGAUGCAGAAUUGUGUUUGCUGAUCCUGGUGAGAACGAUGUUUUGAUUCCAGUUAUUAGUAGUCUGGAAAAUGAGGAAACUAAUAAAAAGCAAAAGCAUCAGAUCAUCUUUUUGAGAAAAUCAAGUUCAAAAAAGAUCGUCCACACCCAAAUCAGCGACAUUCAAAGCGAAGAUAAUGCAGGUACGGUUUUGCCGGAGGUAUAUCCCGAAGAUGACGCAAUUAUAUUUACUACUUCCGGUAGUACUGGUAAGCCUAAAAUGGUUGUCCAUAGUCAUUUAAAUUUCAUUGGCGCCUUUGAAUCCUACGUCCGUACAAUGCAAGAAACAAAAAAAUCCUUUAACAAUCGUCCUUUUUGCUGGCUUGGUGGAACACUAGCAAUUCCAAUAGUUAUGGGAUCUCCUAUGGUUUUCACCGACUCAAAUUUAAGCACAACAGUGGACGGAGUCAAAACCAUUUGGAAAAUUAUGAAAGAAGAAGAUGUAGACAGUGCUUUGUUGAUGCCAUAUGUUCUGCAUGACCUUAUCACAGAGCAAGACAAUAUCGAAGACGAUGGAUUCCGGUUGCAGUCCAUAACGACUGGUGGUCAAAUUAUAGACGAUCUCUGCACAAAAGUAUUAGGAAGGUUCUGCAGAUCAUUUUCAGUUGGAUACGGUUCAACAGAGGCCAUGGCCGGCACCUUUCUGCCUGCUCUUCAUCCGGGGGAUCACCUCGAAACUGGAAAUGUAGGAACUCCUUACAACGGUGUAGAAGUCAGGAUCGUCGACCCAGAAGGGCGUCCAACAAAAAUAGGGCAGAUAGGUGAAAUUCAGAUCAGGAGUAGCUUUUUGAUGAAAGAAUAUUUCGCAGAUGAAGCUAUGACGAAGAAAGCAUUUACAGAUGAUGGGCAUACAUGGUUGAAAAUGGAAGAUCUUGGUUUGAUUACGUCAUCAGGAGAACUGAUCAUACGCGGUAGAGUGAAAGAUAAUAUUUCCCGCGGUGGAAGGAAUGUGCUGCCGGCGUUGGUGGAUGACGUAGUACAGCAUCUAGAAGGUCUCCGUCUCGUGGCGACAGUGGCAGUACCAGAUGCACGGAUGUAUGAAGAAGUAUGUGUCUGCUUCAUAGCAGAGGAAGGGGUUGACCUGUCUCCAUCAGACGUUCAGCGUUAUUGUGAAGAAAAAUUCUCCAAUGAUAGAUCGUCAGAUGGCAUGGGGUCUAUGCCCAAAUAUUUUGUCAGAUUCGACGAUUUUCCAACGCUCUUCACUGGGAAGCCCGAUAAACAGGAUCUGAGGCGACGGGCAGCAGGGCGCCUAAAUCUUCCUGUCCGUUGAUAAGAAAUCAUUACUGUAUGUCAUGCAGAUAACAAUUUAUUCUCUUAUAUAUUUGUAUUUCAUACAAAAAAUAUCUUAAACAGAACACAAGACGUAUUUUGUCACAACAAGUUAACAACGUGAUGAGAAAACAGCGUAAAUGAAACUGGUUAAGUUAUUUAAGUUCUAAUAUAUAUUCUGAAAGAAAUUUGAAAAUCUUGGAAGGGUGAGUCGUUCUUUUCAAACUUCCAGGAAAACUAUUUUACUUUGUGUUGUAUAUGGCAGGUAUAUUUGUAUAUCAUGUUUGCCCAUUUAUCUCUGAAGGCACAUUUGAAGUCGUCCAAAUUAAAGGAUGAAUAGUUCAUUAUGAAAUUCGAGGGGCGAAUGAGCUUACAUUAAUAGUGAGAGUUAAUUCACAAUAUGGGUCUGUUUAUUAUCGGAAAGACAUUACUUAAUUGACGAUGAUGCUGUUCAUAUUGAUAUUGAAGUUACAUUGUUGUUUAUAGGUGUUUUACACAACUUGAUUGUGAAGUUUCACAAUUCAAUUUGCAUGACUGGUAAGCUUAUUGAAGUAAAACAAAAGAUAACUAAAUACAAAUUCAAAUUACGAAAUACAUGUGUGAUAAUGUACGUUUUAUAAUUUCCUUAUGCACUUCAUACAGAAAAUUAUUUCAAAAGUGUGUUAAUUAUAACAAUGUCGUGAAUUUAAAAACAAUAAUUGAGGUUGUCAUUAUUUGUCAUUUUUAUCUUUCAUAUAUCUUCCAUGUUUUACAUUCCAAGAAAACAAUUAAUGGUAAUAACUGCAUUGAAAUAAGAAAAAAUAUUAAAAGAAUGCUCAUCAAAUCUUUUCCAUAUCUACUAUUUUACUUUUCACGUUACCUAUUGAUGCAUGUUAAUGCUAAUAAAUCAUUAUU